AUGGCUCGUACGAAGCAAACAGCCCGUAAAUCCACAGGAGGCAAAGCACCUCGUAAACAGUUAGCCACAAAAGCGGCGCGAAAAUCAGCGCCCAGCACUGGGGGGGUCAAGAAGCCCCAUCGUUACCGCCCUGGUACAGUCGCUCUCCGUGAAAUCCGUCGUUACCAGAAAUCUACCGAAUUGCUCAUUCGUAAACUGCCAUUCCAGCGACUUGUAAGAGAAAUCGCUCAAGACUUCAAGACUGACCUUCGUUUCCAGUCUGCCGCUAUUGGUGCACUUCAGGAAGCCAGUGAAGCAUACCUUGUUGGUCUCUUUGAAGACACUAACUUGUGUGCUAUUCAUGCUAAACGUGUGACUAUCAUGCCUAAAGAUAUCCAGUUGGCCAGACGAAUCCGUGGAGAACGUGCUUAA